AUGAGAAUUGGAUCUGGUAUUGCGUUUGCGGCCUUGGGCCUGCUAGCUGUCGUUCGUGGUGAUGCUGUACCGUGGGAACGCAUCGACAAGAAUGACUCUCUCCUUUUGAUUCUCGAUCUCCAAGUCGGCCUUUUCCAAACCGCCCGCGACUGGGACCCUACCCUCUACCAAUCCAACAUCAUGGCCCACGCCGAGCUCGGCAAGAUCUUUGAUAUCCCAGUCAUAAUGACCACGUCGGCCGACCAAGGUCCAAACGGUCCCUUGCCAAAGGAGAUGUUGGACAUGUAUCCAGAUGCUCCUCUUAUCCGCCGUCAGGGCGAGGUCAACGCCUGGGACAAUCCCGAAUUCCAAGCCGCCAUCAAAGCAACAGGCAAAAAGCAAAUCAUCGUCGCCGGGAUUACAACCGACGUUUGCACCGCUUUCCUUGCUCUCGCCCUCCGCUCAGAAGGCUACUCGGUCUUCGCCAACAUCGAGGGCUCCGGCACGUACUCCGAACUCGUGCGUGAUACUGCCAACUCGCGCAUGCAGCAGGCGGGCGUGCAGCUCGUGUCGCUCUUCGCGAUUGUAUGCGAUCUGAUGCGUGACUGGCGUGCUACCCCUGGUGCGAAGGAGGUGUUGCCAUUCUUGGACAAGUACAUGCCUGUCUACGGUAUGUUGGCUAGACAUCAUGCUGCGGCCGUCGACAACGGAACUGUCAUCCCAGGAGAGAUGGAGUUGAUCACUGGGCCAAAUGGAACCAUCUCGACAUAG